AUGUCUGAUUCACCAUCACAACUAGAACGACGCUAUGAUAAUUGUAUUGAAGAUGAACGCUUAGAAAAACUUUUAAAAAGAGCAAAAGAAAUCAUCGAAAAAGACGAAAAAGAAGUACCUGAAUUCUGGAAAGCAAAAUAUAAAAAGGAAGCAGCUAAAAAUUGGGAUCUCUUUUACAAACGAAAUACUACAAAAUUUUUUAAAGAUCGUCAUUGGACAGAUCGUGAAUUUAAAGAACUUGCAGAUCAAUCAAAAGAACAAAAAUGUUUAGAAAUUGGUUGUGGUGUAGGCAAUUUUGUUUUUCCAUUAAUAGCAGAAAAUCCCGCAAUAUUUAUUUAUGCUUGCGAUUUCUCCAAACGUGCAGUAGACAUGGUGAAAUCAAAUGACAAUUAUAAUGAAUCUCGUUGUAAAGCAUUUGUGUGCGAUCUUACUGCUGAUAAAUUAACAGAUAAUAUUCCUGAAAAUUCUCUUGAUUUGGUGUCUGCCAUUUUUGUCUUUUCAGCUAUUCCACCAGAAAAAAUGGAAACUGCUAUCAAAAAUAUUUAUAGCGUGCUGAAACCUGGUGGCCUUGUUCUGUUUCGUGAUUAUGGUAUUUAUGAUGAAGCACAAGUCAAAUUUAGUGCUGCCUCAGACAAACGUUUAGAUAAUAAUUUUUAUGUGCGUCAAGAUGGAACGAUGAGUUACUUCUUCUCUCAAGAAGAUUUAAAGACUAGAUUUGAGUCAGAAGGUUUUAGUACUGUAGAAUGUCAAUAUGUGUAUAGAGAAACAAUUAAUCGAAGCAUGGAAAAGAGAAUCGAUAGAAUCUUUGUUCAAGCUAAAUUUAAAAAAAUGUAA